AACCACAAUUAAUUCUCUCACACUCACACACAUGGCGGAAAGGAGAAAUUAGAAGACAUUCGUAGAUCCGUCUGUUUUCCUCUUCAAUUUGGGCACACACAAUAUAUCAGCGAGCGACGACUGACAGUGGCGGAGCUAUGGAGCUAAUGGUGGUCACUUUGAUUCUUGGCUUUUUAUUCAGUUUAUUGUUUAUUGCCCCCCGGUUUAUCAAAUCCGAUGAAACCAAGAAGGUUCAUUCAGAUGCUAACAAGACUGUAAAAGCAUACAACAAGGAUGAAGUUUCCUUGCACAACAAGAGGACAGAUUGCUGGAUCAUCAUCAAAGAGAAGGUAUAUGAUGUUACUCCGUAUGUAGAAGAACACCCUGGUGGUGAUGCAAUUCUGGCGCAUGCGGGCGAUGACUCCACCGAAGGAUUUUUUGGGCCACAACAUGCAACCCGAGUAUUUGACAUGAUCGAUGACUUCUACAUCGGAGAUUUAGAGAAGUGAAGGUAUUAAGCAGUUGGUUAAGCAGAAUGUGCAAUGUUUUCAUGGUUAUUGAUUGCAGUGUUGCAGCUAGAUGACAUAUUUUUCCUUCAUUUGAACACCAUCACCAUCAGAUUCCAUCUUUGUGCUAAGAAAGCUAUCAAAAUGAAUGAAUGAAUGGAACUUCCUUUUGAGGAGAAAUGUUGAUUUGUACUAACAAUGAUGAUCAAGAAGCGAUCCACAAUUGAUGUAAUAUGAAGGCAAGGGGUUGUUUGGUUGGUUUCCA